UAAAUAAAUGAAGAAGAAGCAGCAGCAGCCACAACAAGCAGCAAAAUGGACUCUCGUGGAUGGAGUAAAAGCGAAACCCGCUGUCUGAUCUCCAGCUGGGCCGAGGAGUCAGUGCAGCAGAAACUGGGCGACUCAUAUCACAACCGGCUGAUUUAUGAGGACAUCUCGAGGAAACUGAAGGAGAAUGGGUACAGUCGAACAUGGCUGCAGUGCCAGCGUAAAAUCAAACACCUCAAGCAUCUUUUCAGGAAAGCAAAGGACUUAAAGAGGUCCGAGGUGGACAGGACAAGCUGUCCCUUUUACGACGAGCUGGAGAGGGUGCUGGGACACCGACCGCCAUCCUGCACCGAGGAUGAUGUGCUGGACUCGAAGCCCGAGGGGUCUCUUUUCAACUCUACGAUGACCGCCAUUGCAGAUGCAGCCACGUUGAGCAACACUACGCCUGUUGAAACCAAGGACGAAGACGGCGAUAGUGACGGUUUCCUCCCUCUGUCCUCUUUCCGUCUCAUCGUCCCCCCUCUGCAGCUUGUGUCUGCAGCUCUGUGGGAGAUCGUCAAGCAGGGAGCUGUGAUGUACUACGGCCUGCUGGAGGACUUUGUCACCACGGUGUUGGAAACGGUCCCUGAACUGCUCACUUACACGGAGCGAGUCCAGCUACUUAUGGGUCUGCGUGCAAAGGUGGUGCUAGACUUGUGCCGCAACGAUGAUUUUGCCAGCCCACAGGCCAUCCAGCCUCAUCUGAGCAGAAUAAACACCUACAUCACAAACCAGGAUAAAGAGCCUUCCAGCUCUGAGAUAAAAGCUUCAAUGACAAUCUUCCUGAAGCUUGUUCACACUCUGGUGGAUGAUCGGUGUCAGAGGGAUAUCUUUUAUCAGAAAACAUUCUCAACAGUGUUUGGCCCUAAAUAUGACUCAGCUCUACAGGCUCUGAUGAGAAAAUUCCUCUUCAAUCUGCAGAAACUGCUGCCUGUUCCAAACCUCGAACAGACCUCCCGUCGGCUCAGUCUCUCCCCUACGAUCUUGAAAGAGUGUGUAGACUUCAUGAAUCAACCUGAGCCCUUGAAUACACUCAUCCAGCAUCGCAAACAUCAUGGCCACAAAGUUUCACAAGCUUUGUCCUCCUCUGGUGAUGACUGCAUUCUUACCAGCCUGUCUUAUAACCUACCAAAUGUGGACAAUGACGAAGGAGACGCACUUUGCCUUGAGGCAAUAAAGUUAAAAGAAGAAAACUUGGAGGAAAUAAAUUCAGAAUUGAUGAGGAAUUCUGACAGAAAUGGGCAGCAGCACGUCGAUGAUCUACAUGAAGACGAAGGAGCCUUUGUUGAAGUAAUACUCCAACCUUUCGAUGACAGCUGGUCUACUGAUGAUGAUGAUGACGACAUGGACAAAACAUGGUUCCACCAUUUGAAAACUGGCAGGCGGACAUCAUCAAAAACCUUCAAGUGUCUUGUUUGUGGCCAAGAUUUUGGUUCCCGUAGGAAACUAAAGAAGCACAAGAUGACACACGGCGAUUGCUUUACAAACACGACGAGUCACUCAAAUUCUGUGAGCCAGAGUUGCCUUUUCGAGGAGAUAAAUUUAAAUCCCAAACCACUGACUUUGCCUGAGAAUAAUGCUUCUAGAAGUGAGGACGAGCUUUCAUCAUUGGCAAGUGCCGCAACACAUAGCCCAUCAAAUCUGAACAGUCUACAAGCAGAGACAGGCCCACAGUGUUCCACAAGCUUACCUCAUCACUUCAAAACAAACCCUGCUGAUGAGACCAAAGAGUCUUUCGUCAGCGAAACUGAAAGUGGACCUUCAAAUGUUGCACCCCAGGAAUCGACAUCGUCUGACUCGCAACAGGAGCAACCAGGUAAAAGAAGCAGUCGUGCCAAACAGUGCUCCAAAUGUGGGAAAAUAUUUACUUGUUCUGUUGAUUUGAUGAGGCACAUGAAAUGCCACACUGAGCAGAGUCCCAACCACUGUUCUCACUGUGGGAAAGACUUCGACAGCUUUGACGAAGACUCUGAGAUGCACCAGGAAGGUAAAUGCAAGGUUUCAAACCAGAAUUCGCAGGACAGUUCCUCCAGCAACACAAAUAAAAGGAAUUGGGAGAAUAAUAAUGUUCCAAGUGGUAUAACUUGGCCCCCAAUGAUCACGGAUACACCUGGAAACGUGCGCGCUAGAUCACCUAUGACGUGUCAGGAAUGUGGCCAGGAUUUUAGUUACUACAAGAGUUUUGAGAAGCACAAAAGCAAAUGUUCCAAAAGGGCUCCUCGAAGGAGAAGGCGGACAAACACGGACUAUUUUAUUAUCAAUGCGUGUAAUUUCAGAUCAGCUGAAAAUACCAGUUCUGAAACUCCAAAAACUCCAGUCUCUGCUGACGAUGUAGCUGUAUCCCAGACUAAAUCUCGUAGCAUCAAGUGCACCAUGUGUGAGAAGACCUUUUCAAAAAUAGCCAUCAUGAACAGACAUUAUUCCCAGUCUCAUAAAGUCAGAGGCCCAUACCCAUGUCCUUUAUGUAAGAGAACUUUCGUGAGGUUGUGCGAGCUGGUUCAACACCUGCGAAACAGAAGCUUGUACCAGUGCGCCACCUGCAAGAAAUGUUUCCCAAAGCCGGGACAGCUACACGAUCAUGAAAAAAUCCACACUGCACGUGAGACACCCCAGGUCUGCGAAACGUGCGGGCGAAGCUUCAAAUAUCUCGCUCAUCUGAUCCUGCACCAGCGAAAGCAUCGAGAUCAGCAACCCAGCGUGUGCUCCUACUGCAGGAAACAGUUCAGCUCAAAAGACUGCCUGAAAGCGCACAUGGUGAGACACACAGGUGGUUACCCGUGCCCGGUCUGCGGGAAGAAAUUCAAUCAAAAAACAUACCUCAAAUGGCAUCUGUAUAAACACACAGGGCAAGCACCGUACCUCUGCGACACAUGCGGGAAAGGCUGGCCGAGCGCGGCCCAGCUCAAGCUCCACAUGAUCCAACACACGUCGGAGAGGCCGUUCAAGUGCGAGGACUGCGGCGUGAGCUACAAGAGGGAAUCCCAUUUGAUAGCUCACCGCAGAGCCAAACACAUCAGGCUGCGGCCAUUCGUGUGCGAGGUUUGCAGCAAAGCGUUUAGACUAAACAACGAGCUGAGGAAGCACAUGAUGGUUCACACAGGGGAGCGGCCGUUCACGUGUCCGAGGUGUGACAAAUCCUUCACGAGAAAAUCUCGCCUUAGAGAGCACAGAGAGAAGGCAUGUAUGUGUUAGUUUGUAGACUUGUAUUAAACUGUUUAUACAACACCACCUGCCAUACUAUACUGGACACUACAUGCAGUUGUGUCAGCAGCUAUGUGUGUGUAUGUGUGAUGACUUAUAAACCAGCUACAGAUGUGUCA